UAGCAGUGCGCCUCGUCUACUCGGAACGGCCGUUCAGCUCGAGGCGGUCGGUGGUUGAGUGAGGCUCUCUCGCGCGCUGCUGCCGCUCCUUCACGCGCUCGCUGGGAAAAUGGCUGCCGUACGCCGCGCUCGCAGUAACGCCCGCUGCGUGGUCCGCUUCUCUGACCGAGAACUCUGCUAAAUUCUCUUCCCUGCUUGCUACCCGCUCGAGAGGGAAGGGAAUUAGGAAACGAACACCCAGGAGAAAGGAGGGCUGUGCGUGAGUCGACGUCUCAGCAGCUUCGAGGUCGGACUAUCCUGACAAGGGAGCCCCGCGGCCUGAGGAGAGCGGCCGUUGGGCGGACGCCUCAGGAUGGCAGAAGGUGAAGAAGAUUGUCACUCUGACUUAAGAGCGGAAGAGAAUGAACGAUCUGGCGAAGCAAAUCUUCAGGCAGAGCUCCAGAUGUUCAGAGCACAAUGGAUGUUUGAACUUGCACCAGGGGUGAGCUCUACAAAUUUGGAUGCUCGAUCCUGCAGAACAUCGGCAAGAGGUUCCAUAAAGGCUGUAGAUUCCAAAGGAAAACUGGAACUAGCAAAAGAGGAAAAGGCGAGAGAACUGUUCCUGAAGGCAGUGGAACAAGAACAAAAUGGGGCUCUUUAUGAAGCUAUUAAGUUCUAUCGUCUGGCAAUGCAACUGGUCCCAGAUAUUGAGUUUAAGAUUACCUACACCCGAUCUCCAGAAGUUGACAAUAUUGGGAAAAGCUACCUUGAAGAUAAUGAGGAAGACUUCAAGAUGGCUGACCUACUAUCCUACUUUCAGCAGCAGUUGACUUUUCAGGAAUCAUCCAUCAAACUCUGUCAGCCUGAGCUCAAUGUGAAUCAGACUCAUAUCUCAGUAUUGCCUAUGGAGCUGUUGAUGUAUAUUUUUCGAUGGGUGGUUUCCAGUGAUCUGGAUCUGCGGUCUUUGGAACAGUUAUCAUUGGUCUGCAGAGGUUUCUACAUUUGUGCCAGGGAUCCAGAAAUCUGGCGUCAGGCCUGUUUGAAAGUUUGGGGCAGGACCUGUAACAAAGUGGUUCCUUAUACCUCGUGGAGGGACAUGUUUCUGAAGAGACCCAGAGUUCGAUUUGAUGGUGUCUAUAUCAGCAAGACAACCUACAUACGCCAAGGAGAACAGUCUCUUGAUGGCUUCUAUAGGGCAUGGCACCAGGUGGAUUAUUACAGGUACCUAAGAUUCUUCCCAGAUGGCCAAGUGAUGAUGCUAACAACUCCGGAAGAGCCACAGUCUAUUGUUCCUCGUUUACGAACUAAAAACACAAGAACUGAUGCAAUCCUGUUUGGCCAUUAUCGCCUUUCCCAGGAUACAGACAAUCAAACCAAAGUAUUUGCUGUAAUCACAAAGAAGAAAGAAGAGAAACCAGUUGACUACCAUAGAUUCAGAUAUUUCUGUCGUGUCCCUGUGCAAGAAACAGAUCACAGCUUUCAUGUAGGGCUACAGCUGUGUUCCAGUGGCCGCCAGAAAUUCAACAAACUUGUUUGGAUUCAUCACUCUUGUCACAUUACCUACAAGUCUACUGGUGAGACAGCGGUCUCUUCUUUUGACAUUGACAAGAUGUACACCCCCUUGUUCUUUGCACGAGUGAAGAGCUUUACUGCAUUUUCAGAAAGGCCUCUUUAAGAAGGUCACAUCUCUUGCAUGAAGAAAUUACAGCAAACAACACUUAAGUUAUAAGUGUGUGCGUGUGUGCGUGCGUGCAUAUAUAUAUAUAUAUAUAUAAUAUAUAUAUAUUUGAAUUUUAUUUUAAAAUUGGAGGAUCGUUUUUGAAGAACAGAUACUGGAAAUACACAUUUAAUCUAGGGUGGUAGGGUUAUUUCUUUGGUUUUGAAGUCAAAUUUACAUGUUAUUUUACAAUUGUUUAUGUUGUGAAAAAUAACUUUGAUAACCUUAAAAGGCAUUUUUUUGGCCAUGUCAUUUUAUUAGCAAAUUUAUAAACUGUUCUUUGUCCAGCGUAAGGCUUCAUCUGCCUAUGCACCUUAAGUUCAGGUAUUGUUAUAAAUCUAUUGGUGUACAUAAGACGUGGGGUGUGUGUGCGUGUGCGUGCUUCGGGGGGAAGUUUAAAAUGUGAAGAAAUUAUCCUGCAUCUGUGCGUGGCUCACCUAUGCAUAAUAUAAACGUUUAUGUUGAAAUUUGAGUUGCCUUUCUGGGAGAGGCAUUGACUUCAGUGUACAUUGCAGCCUUACAAAAAAUUAAGCCAAGACAAGAUGGGAGAUAAGCAUUUGCUUUGAAAUUGCAUCAUUUCAUACCACCCCAGAUGUUAAACCAAUAGAUUGUACACUGUAAUGAAUAGAGGAAGAGACAGGAACCAUGCUGGAUAACUGGCUAUCUGUCUCGUCUUGAAAGAGUGUUGAAUGUCAGUGUGUAUUCUUUGAAUUCUGUUAUGCAACAAGAAUAGGGCUGUAUUUCCGUAUGUUUGUCUUUUCUUUAAUUCUUCAUCUAACUGCUAAGACAUAUUGCACAUCCCUCGGGUGUUUUGUCAUACUAAACACAUUCUGGGUUUUUGGGACUCCUACAGAUGUUCAGGUACUGUGUGCUGCUUCUCCUAUGUAUGUACCUUGGGAGUUGGAUGCAACUGCUGUAUGGCGCUUUAAAAAUGUACUUUCAGUCAUAAAACUAAAAUUUCCAAAUGUU